AUGUAUCAGCGGCGCUUUAACGACAGAAAGAUGCCACUGCCCCUCCUUAAAACAUACAUUCGUGCUCUUCUUACGGGGCUUGAUUAUCUGCAUGGAAUGUGCAGGACAGUUCAUACGGGCUGCCUAGAUCUAAAGCUUGAGAACAUCAUGGUCUCAUUCGAGGACCCAACUGUGCUUGCUGAUUUCAUUAAUUCUCAGCUUGCAAAACCGAUGGCUUUCAAGAUUGAUUCGUUGGGACGACCUGUGUAUCAAUCCCGUAAUGACUUCGGGCCACUCAAAAGCCUGGGAAGUAUACCACAGCUGGUCGACUUUGGCUUGGCAACCAGACUCGAGGAAGACGACGACUGGGGCGUUUGGCCUAUUCAGCCAGACCACCAUCGGGCACCAGAGGUGAUACUGGGUAAUGGAUGGCAAAUGCCUGCGGAUGUUUGGAAUCUUGGUGUUUUGUUGUGGGAUAUGAUCGAAGGAAAAGAGCUAUUCCAGCACAUUCAUGAUCACGAAGACUCACGGAACAUCUUAGGUCGCUUCCUCUACGAAGCCCUGAUCCCUGACCGCAAACUAUGCGUUACACCUUCAUUCCUUGGGGGAGAGGAGAAGGAAUUAUUUUUGGACCUCGCCAAGGAAAUGCUUGUCUGGCACCCAGAUGCGAGAAAAACGGCAGGCGAACUGGCUGGGCACCCUUUUCUUCAACCAAGGCAAAUAAGCGCCUGA